AUGGCGAUCGACGGAGAAGACAACCUAGCAGCAGGCGGCGACAUGCAAUUGAUGGCAACGGCAACGGCAACAACUCAGACAACCCAGCGGCGGCAGCGAUUGCAUGUUUUUGGGUAUGAGAUUGGAGCGGGUGGAGGGAAUGGGAAGGGGUCAAUCGGCUGUGCUCUGCAUGGGACGGCGUUGAUGGAGAGCCAGAGGAAUCGAGGUCCUCGAGAAGACAGCGGCGGAGUGGAGCGGCGACGGCCGUGA